UUACCAGUGUGCUUCGACUGGAAAUGUCGGAAGUCAAGGAUUAUACGGCUAAAGUAGGCUCUUUGAAGGAAUCCAUUACCGCCCCGUACACAAACCACACCCCACUGAUCCCGCAGUGGAUGUGUCAUAUGCUUCGUAGUUUCCUCAGAACCCCACCUAACCGUUCUAGAUAUCCAAUGUAAGACUAUGGAACGCAGAGAAUCUCGCUGAGCUCCACGGAACAGAUGCUCAUAGUGCAAUGAAGUAAGAAUCCUCGAAUUCAAAGCUUUGAUUCAAGACGGACUCAAAGCUCCCCAUGAUUUCCCCCUCUUUCACCACUUGGCUAGCAGUAUUCCUCACCGUGAAAAAAGUUCCAAUCGCCUGCGGGUUUAGCAGUAGAUCUUCCUAACACUGUGCGAGCUACCAACUGCUGACAGUGGCAGUCCCAUGAUUUUUCUCUCUUUCACCACUUACUCAUAGCCUCGGGCAGGGGCCUUCUGUUUCUAAUAGACUCUAUCUGAUGACGCCGUAUUUUACGCCACCCUUUGCGCUGCUGAGUUGUCUCCUGAUAUCUGCGUUAUUCUGUGCGGUUAAAGGAGCGGCAGCGGCGAAUUUGCCUCUGAACGCCGUCCAGAGUGCGUGCUAAUGGCCUUGCAAAGUCACCAACGUCCCUACUAUAAGGAUCCGCCCUGGAGACGAUUUUCAGCGCCUCACCGGUGAUGGUGGUGGAUGAGGACUUUAGCUGCAACCCGGGGGUCUCUACGCUAAUCGCGUGCGACGCAAAGGGCGCAGUGAGCAAGCUCUUCCUCUACUCCAUGUCCGACCUACCGUCCGAGAUUCUCCAGCUCACCCGCCUUGAGUCACUGUGGGAGCAUGGAGAACGGUGGCUUCCUGUCCAGCCUGCCAUCUGUCAUCGGCUCCCUUGCUUCCCUCACAUACCUUAGCAUCGCCUCAGCAGUCAGUGGCGGCACCAUCCCUUCCUCCUUCGGCCGCCUCAAGAAACUGCGACACUUAAAUCUGGAUUCCAACAACCUGGAAGGCGCAGUUCCUCCCUUUCUCUCCUCGCUCACUGCCCUCACACACCUGUCGCUAUCUGGCAACAAGCUAGACUCCUCUAUUCCCACGAAGCUUAAGACACUCCAGAAGCUAGCAAAGAUUGAGCUAACCGGCAACCAGCUCUCUGGGUCCAUAGGGCCCCUCACUCUGCUUCCAAGGCUGGAUAGGAUCAAUGUCGCUUUCAACUCACUCAACUCCAGCCUUCCGGCAUCUCUUGGCAAUCUGAAACGGCUGUCUCAACUGUUCCUUCAGGGCAACGCAAUCAGCGGCUCUUUGCCUUCUUCCAUCUCAAAGCUCGGCAACCUCAUUUAUUUGACACUAAGGGCCAACAACAUCUCCGGCUCUAUUCCCCGUGGCAUCGGCUCCUUGAGGAAUCUCAAAUCCUUGGAUCUCUCGUACAACGCCAUAUCAGGCAGCCUGCCAUCAACAUUGGGGUCCUUGAAAUCUCUUAUAAUGCUAGAUGUCAGGUCCGCACGCCUCAAUGGCUCUCUGCCUACCUCCCUUUCUAAGCUCAAGGCGCUUGAAUACAUUCUGUUGUCCGACAACCAGCUCUCCAGCUCAUUCCCUGGCUUUCUCGCCAACAUCUCAUCCCUAACAAUGAUUGAUAUGGCAUCCAACGAAAUCAACGGCUCCCUGCCUUCGUCACUGGGAGCCUUUUCCAACCUUGCCAAACUCGACCUGGCCAACAACAGCAUCAGCGGAGGCAUCCCAGAGUCUAUCAGCCUUCUCACUCAAAUGUGGAACCUCUAUCUUGCAGGGAACAGCCUUUCAGGCUCUCUUCCUGCAUCCAUGUCAAAGCUUACGAGCCUCGAGAGCAUUGACUUGCGACGCAACAACCUGUCAGGCCCUCUGCCGCCCUCUGUGUUCAACUGGACAAUGAGUGCCGUGUUCCUGUCAGAGAACCACUUUGAGGGGGAUCUCCCGGCCUACCUUGGUGACUACCCUGCAGAAAUCCUUGUUGACAGCACGCUCACGUGCCCCCUGGAUGGCACCAACUGCUCCUCGCAGCUGAAGGAGCUGGCCGCUAGGGUAUACUCCAACGGCUUCUGCCGUGUCGUCUGCCCCUCCUUCUGCCAGACCUGCAUCGCACCCCCUGCAGAUCCCUCGGGGGGGGAUUCAGGAGGAGGGGAUGGAGGGGGUCUGGGAGGGGGUCUGGGAGGAGGGGGUUUGGGAGGGGGUUUGGGAAGGGGCUUGGGAGGGGGGCUUGGUAGUAGCUCGAUUGGGGAAUUUGGAAGCAGCGGGGGUUUGGUGACUAGCAGCAGGUUCGGAAGCAGCUUUGGAUGGCUGAGUAACAAGGAGGCUCGUAAGAGAGGGAAGCGGCUUCACUAGCAUUGCACUGUCAGUUUUACUGCUCGUGGGGGAGGAGAAUCUCUGUGCAGCAUGCUAAUGGGUUUUCUUUUCGGUCUGUGUGUGUGUGUGUGUGUGUGUGCCUGUGUGGCGUGUGGGCGCAUCUCCAUGUGCGUGCGUGCGUGCAUGGGUGCAUGCACGCAUGUCCAUGUGCGUGCUUGCAUGGCUGCGUGUGUGUGCAUGCGUGCAUGCAUGUGUGUGUGGGUGCAUGCACGGGUGCGUGCGUGCAAGCGUGCGUGUGCAUGUGCGUGCAUGCCCGGGUGCAUGCCUGUAGGUGUGUGCAUUCAUGGGUGCGUGCCAGCGUGCGAGCUUGCGUGUACGUGCUUCCGCUGUUCAGUUGGAGCCUUCAGAUUCAUCCACCAUUAAUCUUAUUUCUCUUCUACUUCAUGUCUCAUCUUACCCUAAACCCCUCCCUGACCCCCUCCUCUUGUGCAUCUCUCGGGCCACUCAGCUCUGAGUGGCAGCUCAAGAGCUCAAGUACCAGUAGUCUCUGGUAUUGGUUCUAUCAGUAGUAUUUGUCCUAGUGUUUGAGUCAGUAGUGCCGGUGGUAAGGGGGUAGUAUCGAGAUCAUUCAUUUCACUACUAACCAGGAUCCCUGCUGAGUUUGGUCACAUGCUGCUGAACCUCUAAUCUGGUUUUUUUGCUUUCUGAUGAUUUUUUUGACACAUUUU